UUAUAAUUUAUAUAAUCAUGUUUUAUGUGACUAUCUUUUAGGAGCCAGAUAAACCAACAUGGCAAACAUUAAUGGAGUAGAGGAAGCGGACCAAUCCCUGAAGUGGAACAUUGGACUCUUGAACGCUCAGUACAAGUACUUGACCGCCGAGACGUUUGGUUGUAAGGUCAAUGCUAAUGGAAGUGCUUUGAAGAAGAAGCAGAUGUGGACCCUGGAGCCCUACGGAGGAGAUGACGGCUCCGUGUGUCUCCGGAGCCAUCUCGACAAAUAUAUGGCUGUUGAUCAGUUUGGGAAUGUCACGUGUGACGUAGACGAGAAGGAACCCGCUUGCAAGUUCGCCAUUGUCGUCGCAAACGACAGGAGUGGCCGGUGGACUCUAAAGAAUGUUCUACGUGGGUAUUUUCUGGGAGCCAGUACCGAUAAGUUAGUGUGUUCGGCCAAGGUACCCGGACCACCCGAGAUGUGGACAGUCCACUUAGCUGCUCGACCUCAGAUUCUUCUCCGAUCCCAAGGCCGCCGGCGCUACGCCCGUCUUUCCACCGACAUGGACGAAAUCCAAGUAGAUGUUAAUAUCCCCUGGGGCGAGGAUACGCUCUUCACUCUUGAAUUCCACGACGGCAAAUAUGCGAUCCACGCGUCGAACAGCCGGUACCUCCAGGCGGACGGCAAGCUGGUGGAGGACUGCAGACCCGAGUGUCUGUUUACUCUCGAGUUUCACAACGGUUACCUAGCAAUGAAGGAUUCUUACAACGCGUACGUGGCGCCCAUCGGUAGUAAAGCUGUU